UUGCGGCUUCUAUCUCGUCUCAGCCUCUGAGGCGGUGGGUGAGCUAAGGAGCAUAAGUGGAUAUUUCAUAUUUGGGCGUUUUUACCAAUUGAACACCCACGCAAUCUCACGCGCCGCCUCUCUGAAUGGCUUUGCUGUCCCUGUCCUUCUCUCUAACAACUUCUACUCCAAUAAGAAAGACGUCGUUAUUGGUUUCCUCUCCGAAUCCGACUUCAACCACGUCCUCUACAUGGACGACGUCGUUAAACACCCACGCUCUCCUGCCGCCUUUCAGGAGAGCUCGCGCUCUGAAUUUGACUCGUGGAGGAAGUAGGUCUUUGGUUGUGUGUAUGGCUCCAGAAGAGGAGAGAAUGACUCGCCGUUCUCCCCUUGACUUUCCUAUUGAGUGGGAGAGGCCAAAGCCUGGAAGGAGACCAGACAUAUUCCCCCAAUUCAGCCCAAUGAAAACUCCAUUACCACCUCCAUUGCCAGCUGAUCCUCCCGAAGAAGACGAGGAAGAAGAAGAAGAAAAGAAAGAGGAAGAGGAGGAAAAUCCUGAAACAGAGGAGCCCGAAAAGCCAGAUAAGUAGUAUAUAAUUUUACUUGUAAUUUCAAGGCAAUGUUAUCAUUCAGGAAGCUCUAUUCAUUGUAGCUUAUGGUUUUUGAGUUGGUGAGAGCAAUUCUAAGCUAUGGAAGAAAUGUUUUGUAGUCUCUCUAGCAAUUAUAGGCAAAAAUACUUGUUUUACUUAAUUGAACUUGCGAGGGGUGGUUGAUGUCUAUUUUAAAUUUCUGUAUUUCUUAUGGAGUUCAUUUUGUCCAUCUUUACGAUAUUUAGAGACUUAGAAACAUGCUGCUGCGUGUAAUUUGAUGACUUGUCUGUGACUGUAUUGAUCUACAUUGCUGCUUAACUGAAUUCCGUCAAGGAGCCUGAUGAACGAAAGUUGGAUGAAGGUGAA